AUGCGAUCCUUCACUCUUUUGUCGUUUUUCAGCGCCGCUCUCGCAGCUCGCCCCUUCCUCAAUGAACCCGACACUGGAAUCGAGGAAAUCUUUGGUGAUCUCCCAGCUGGCGAGUUGCCCCCCCUAGACCGACUCGUCGGCUUGCCGGACUUCGACUGGGCAGCCCGCCACUACCUCAACGCGUCAAGUUACACAUUCUAUCGCAAUGGCGCAGUAGGCGAGUUCUCCUACCGCAACAACCUUGAAGGCUUCCAUCGCCUCCGCUUUCGUCCCCGCGUUAUGGUCGACAUCACCAAGGUCGAGUCGACGAUGCCUACAACCAUCCUCGGUCACAAUUUCUCUGCCCCUUUCUACAUCAGCCCCUGUGGCCGUGGUGGUUUAGGACAUGCUGACGGCGAACUCGGUCUCGUCGGUGGUGCCGGACAGGAAGGCAUUCUCUACAUCCCGGCCCUCUGGACUACACGCUCCGGCGAAGACAUUGCCAACGCCCAGAUCUACCUCGACCACAACGACACCGCAACCUACGAGAUUUUUGAUCGCGCCAAGGCUCUGGGCCACAAAGCCCUCGUCUUCACGGUGGACUCGGUCGCGGACGGCAACCGCCACAGAGCAGCCCGGUACGGCUCCAUGACCGACCUGCCUAUUAUCAUCAAAGGCGUCGGCACCGUCGAAGAUGCUAAGCAAGCUAUGGAACACGGAGCACCCGGUAUUAUCCUUUCAAACCACGGCUCCUGCCAACUCAACAGCUCACCGUCAGGCUUGGAAGUGGCGCUGGAAAUACAUGAAGAGGCCCCGGAAAUUUUCACGCAGACUGAGAUAUUUGCUGACGGCGGUGUGAAGCUCCAAUACAACGGCUGGUACAGCUGA